AUGAAGAGCACCGGCUGGCUCACCCCGAAACCUGUCAAUGCUGUGAUCCUCGGCUGCAUAUGGGUUUCUGUGGCGCAGGGCACAGAUUCGAGCAGCUGCCUGACAUCCUGUGUAACUAACCUGGGCAAACAGCUUGACAUUGGCCCACCACACAAUCUGAACGAGGCUUGCAUCCAAGGAUGUCAGUUUUGGAGCUCUGUAGAUCAGGAAAAGUGUGCUUUAAAGUGUAGGGAGGCCUGUGAGGUUGGCUGCAGCACUGCCGAGGGUACCUACGAAGAGGAAGUGCUGGAAAGUACAGAGCUCCCGACAGCACCCUUUGCGUCUUCCAUUGGAAGUCACAGCGUGACAUUACGAUGGAACCCUGCCAACAUCUCUGGCGUAAAAUACAUCAUCCAGUGGAAAUAUGACCGGCUUCCAGGAAGCUGGACAUACACAGAGACUGUGCCCAAGCUCUCAUAUGCAGUGGAGCCCCUGCAUCCAUUCACUGAAUAUAUUUUUCGAGUGGUUUGGAUCUUCACAGCCCAGCUGCACCUGUAUUCCCCACCAAGUCCCAGUUACAGGACUCAUCCUUAUGGAGUUCCGGAAACUGCACCGGUCGUCAUGAAAAUCGAAAGCUCAAGCCCCGACACCGUGGAAGUCAGCUGGGCUCCGCCCCACUUCCCAGGUGGACCUAUCUUGGGUUAUAAUUUAAGGCUGAUCAGUAAAAAUCAAAAGUUAGAUUCAGGGACCCAGAGAACCAGUUUCCAGUUUUAUUCUACUCUUCCAAACACCACCUACAGGUUUUCUAUUGCAGCAGUAAAUGAAGUUGGUGAAGGGCCAGAAGCAGAAUCUGUAAUUACCACUCCAUCGCCUGCAGUUCAAGAAGAAGAACAAUGGCUCUUUUUAUCCAGAAAAACUUCUUUAAGAAAGAGGUCCUUAAAGUACUUGGUAGAAGAAGCACAUUGCCUUUGGUCAGAUACCAUACGCCAUAAUAUUACAGGGAUAGCAGUCAAUGUCCAACAGCAGGUGGUUUAUUUCUCAGAAGGAACUUCCAUAUGGAUGAAGGAGGUAGCCAAUAUGUCUGAUAUGUCUGAUCUGAGAAGUUUUUACAGAGGCUCAGGCCUAAUCUCUUCCAUCUCUAUAGACUGGCUUUACAAAAGGAUUUAUUUCAUCAUGGAUAAACUGGUAUACGCUUGUGACUUAGAAAAUUGCUCAAAUUUUGAGGAAAUUACUCCCUUACCUAUUAUUGCACCUAGAAAAGUUGUGGUUGAUUCCUAUAAUGGGUACAUCUUCUAUCUCCUGAGAGAUGGCAUUUACAGAGUCAAUCUCCCUUUGCCAUCUGGCAGGCACACAGAAGCUGUGCGCAUCGUGGAGAGCGGCACGCUAAAGGACUUCGCCGUAAAGCCCCAGUCCAAGCGAAUCAUUUACUUCAAUGACACCAUGCAAGUGUUCAUGUCCACGUUUCUGGAUGGCUCUGCUUUCCAUCAGGUGCUGCCUUCGGUCCCGCUUAAGGAUGUGAUGAGCUUUGCUUGUGAAAACAAUGACUUCCUCAUUACAGACGGCAAGGCCAUAUUCCAGCAGGACUCCUUGUCUUUCAAUGAGUUCAUCGUGGGAUGUGACCUGAGUCACAUAGAAGAAUUUGGCUUUGGUAACUUGAUCAUCUUCGGCUCAUCCAUCCAGUCGUACCCUCUGCCAGGCCAUCCACAGGAGCUUUCGGUGCUGUUUGGUUCUCAAGAGGCGCUUGUGCAAUGGAGGCCUCCUGCUCUCGCCAUCGGAGCCAGUGAGUAUGCUGUAUCAAUGACAUCAUUUAACUCCUUAGGCCCUUCUGCUUGGCAAAACUGGACUUAUGAGGUGCAAGUUUCCACGCAAGACCAUGCUAAAGCCACUCAAGUCUUCUCUAACAUAAGUGGGACCACGCUGAAUGUACCUGAGCUACAGAGUGCUACGCAAUACACAGUUUCUGUGAGAGCGAGCUCUCCUAAAGGGCCAGGGCCCUGGUCAGAGCCCUCAGUGGGUACCACCCUGGUUCCAGCUACUGAGCCGCCAUUCAUCAUGGCUGUGAAGGAAGAUGGACUUUGGAGCAAGCCACUCAGUAGUUUUGGCCCAGGAGAGUUCCUGUCCUCUGACGUAGGAAAUGUGUCAGAUAUGGACUGGUACAACAACAGCCUCUACUACAGUGACACCAAAGGCAAUGUUUAUGUGCGGCCCCUGAACGGGAUGGAUGUCUCAGAGAAUUAUCACAUACCCAGCAUUGCAGGAGCUGGUGCCUUGGCCUUUGAAUGGCUGGGCCAUUUUCUCUACUGGGCUGGGAAGACAUAUGUGAUCCAAAGGCAGUCUGUGUUGACAGGCCACACAGACAUUGUUGCUCAUGUGAAGCUGCUGGUAAACGACAUGGCUGUGGAUUCUGUCGGUGGCUAUCUGUACUGGACAACACUCUACUCAGUUGAGAGCACCAGACUAAAUGGAGAAAGUCCUCUUGUACUACAGGCUCAGCCCUGGCUGUCUGGAAAAAAGGUUAUUGCCCUGACUUUAGACCUCAGCGAUGGGUUCCUGUACUGGCUGGUGCAGGGCAAUCAGUGUAUUCAUCUGUACACAGCUGUUCUUCGAGGACGGAGUGUUGGGGACUCUACCAUCACAGAAUUUGCAGCCUGGAGUCCUUCUGAAAUUUCCCAGAAUGCACUGGUGUACUACAGUGGUCGACUCUUCUGGAUCAAUGGCUUUAGGAUUAUUACGGCACAGGAAAUAGGUCAGAGAACCAGUGUGUCUGUUUCGGAGCCAGCGAAAUUUAAUCAAUUCACGAUUAUACAGGCAUCCCUCAAGCCUCUGCCAGGGAACUUUUCCUCUACUCCCAAGGUUAUUCCAGAUUCUGUUCAGGAGUCUUCCUUUCGGAUUGAAGGACACACUUCAAAUUUCCAAGUCCUGUGGAAUGAGCCCCCUGCCGUGGACUGGGGCAUAGUUUUCUACAGCGUGGAACUUAGCGCUCAUUCUAAGUUCCUGGCUAUUGAACGGCACUCCUUACCCGUGUUUACUGUGGAAGGACUGGAGCCCUAUGCCUUAUUUAACUUUUCUGUCACUCCGUAUACUUACUGGGGAAAGGGCCAAAAAACAUCUCUAUCUCUUCGUGCACCUGAAUCAGUUCCAUCAGCACCAGAGAACCCCAGAAUAUUUAUUUUGCCAAGUGGAAGAUAUGGCAACAAGAAUGAAGUCAUGGUAGAGUUUAGGUGGAAUAAACCCAAGCAUGAAAAUGGAGUGCUAACCAAAUUUGAAAUCUUCUAUCAUAUAUCUAAACAAAGCGGCGCCAAUAAAACAACCGAAGACUGGAUUUCUGUCAGUGUGAAGCCCCUGGUGUUUUCUUUUCAACUUAAGGCCAUGAAUCUUGGGUAUAUUGUUGCCUUCCAGGUUCGUGUCUUCACAUCCAAAGGGCCAGGACCAUUUUCUGAUACAGUGAUGUCUAAAACAUCAGAAAUCAAACCAUUUCCAUAUCUCAUAUCUCUUCUUGGCAAUAAGAUCGUGUUUCUAGAUAUGGAUCAAAAUCAAGUUGCGUGGACAUUUUCUACCAAGGGAGAUGUCAGCACUGUAGGGUACACUGCAGAUGAUGAAAUGGGGUAUUUUGCGCAAGAAGACUCACUCUUCCUUCUGAAUUUGCACAAACAUUCCAGCUCCAAGCUUUUCCAGGAUGCUCUGGUUUCUGAUGUUGCAGUUAUUGCAGUGGACUGGAUUGCAAGGCACCUCUACUUUGCACUGAAAGCAUCUCAAGAUGGAACACAGAUAUUCAGAGUUGAUCUUGAAUACAAGGUGAAAUCUCCUAGGGAGCUGAAGAUUUGCAAAAGGCAUUCAGCAAUAAUUUCUUUCGCCGUAUAUCCCCUUUUAAGUCGCUUGUAUUGGACAGAAGUUUCAGAUCUGGGCCAUCGGAUGUUCUACUGCAGUAUUAGCAAUCACACGUUGCACCACGUUCUACAACCCAAGGCCUCAAACCCAAGUGGAAGGAGCCAAUGUUCUUGUAAUGUGAUGGAAUCUGAGUUAGGUGGAGCAAUGACUGUUGAUACCUCUGACCCAAACAGACCAUGGAUAUACUUUACCAAAGGGCAAGAGAUCUGGGCCAUGGAUCUGGAAGGAUGUCAAUGCUGGAAAAUCACUAUGGUGCCUGCCAUCCUUGCAGGAAAAAGAAUUGUUAGCUUAACAGUGGACGGAGAAUUUGUGUAUUGGAUCAUUGCAAUAAAGGACAGCACACAGAUUUAUCAAGCAGAGAAGGGAAGUGGGGCUGUGGUCUCCCAGGUGAAGGCCCCUGGGAGCAAGCAUAUCUUGGCCUACAGCUCAGUUCUGCAGCCUUUUCCAGAUAAAGCAUAUCUGUCUUUAGCUUCAGACAUGGUAGAGACAACUAUAUUGAAUGCCUCAAACACCAGCCUCACACUCAAAUUGCCUCCAGUCAAGACAAAUCUCACAUGGCAUGGCAUCACUAGCUCCACACCAACAUACCUGGUCUACUAUACAGAAGCUAAUAGGACAAACAACCACAACAAGAAACACAGAAUGCUGGAAUCACAGGAGAAUGUAGCCCGUAUUGAAGGUUUGCAGCCAUUUUCAACAUAUGUGAUUCAGGUAGCUGUGAAGAAUUACUAUUCAGAUCCUUUAGAACAUUUACUCCUGGGAAAAGAGAUUCAUGGAAAAACUAAAAGUGGAGUGCCCGGGGCAGUUAGUCACAUCAACGCAACUGUGCUGUCAGACACCAGUCUCCACAUCCUAUGGACAGAAUCGCCUAGGCCAAACGGGCCCAAAGAGUCAGUCCGCUACCAGCUGCUCAUGUCGCACCGGGCUCCGAUUCCUGAGACGCCCCUAAGACAGGGUGAUUUUCCAAAUGCCAGGCUUGCUCUCCUUGUCACUAAGCUAUCUGGUGGACAACUCUAUGUGUUGAAGGUUCUGGCCUGCCACUCGGAGGAAAUGUGGUGUACUGAGAGUCAUGCUGUCACCAUUAACAUGUUUGAUACACCGGAGAAACCUUCUGCCUUGGUUCCAGACAACACUAGUCUGCAGUUAGACUGGAAAGCUCCGUCUAAUGUUAACCUCACCAGAUUUUGGUUUGAACUCCAGAAGUGGAAAUAUAAUGAGUUUUUCCACGUUGAAGCAUCAUGCAGCCCAGGUCCAGUCUAUGUCUGUAAUAUCGUGGGCCUCCAGCCCUAUACUCCUUACAACAUCCGAGUGGUGGUGGUCUAUAUGACAGGAGAAAAUAGCUCCUCGAGUCCAGAGAGCUUCAAGACAAAAGCUGGAGUCCCAAGCAAACCAGGCAUUCCAAAAUUACUAGAAGGGAGUAAAAAUUCAAUCCAGUGGGAAAAAGCUGAAGAUAACGGCAGUAGACUGAUGUACCAUAUCCUUGAGAUCAGAAAGGGCACUUCAAGUGAUUCCCAGAACCAGAGUUUACGGUGGAAGAUGGUGUUUAAUGGCUCCUGCAGCAGCAUCUGCACGUGGAAGUCCACAGACCUGAAUGGACCAUUUCAGUUCCGAGCAGUGGCUGCAAAUAAUAUUGGGUUUGGAGAAUACAGUGGAAUCAGUGAGGCUAUUGUGUUAGUGGAAGAUGGUUUUUGGAUAACAGAAACAAGUUUUAUACUUACUGCCCUAGUUGGUAUACUUCUGGUCACUACAGUCCCUCUGACCUUUGUCUGGUACAGAAGCUUGAAAAAUCGCAAAGCUUCCAAGGAAGGGCUGUCAGUUCUCAACGAAGACGACAAAGAGUUGGCAGAGCUGCGAGGUCUGGCGGCUGGAGUGGGACUGGCCAAUGCCUGCUAUGCAGUACAUACUCUUCCAACCCAAGAAGAGAUUGAAAAUCUUCCUGCCUUCCCUCGGGAGAAGCUGAGCCUGCGCCUUUUGCUGGGGAGUGGAGCUUUUGGAGAGGUGUAUGAAGGCACAGCUGUGGACAUCCUAGGAGUGGGAAGCGGCGAAAUCAAAGUGGCCGUGAAGACCUUGAAGAAGGGUUCAUCAGACCAGGAGAAGAUCGAGUUCUUGAAGGAGGCGCACCUGAUGAGCAAAUUUAAUCACCCCAACAUUCUGAAGCAGCUGGGAGUCUGUCUGCUGAGUGAGCCCCAGUACAUUAUUCUGGAACUGAUGGAAGGAGGAGACCUUCUAAGCUAUCUGCGGAAAGCCCGGGGGACGACGUUUCAUGGCCCUCUACUCACCAUGGUUGACCUUGUAGACGUGUGUGUAGAUAUUUCUAAAGGCUGUGUCUACUUGGAACAAAUGCACUUCAUUCACAGGGAUCUGGCAGCGCGGAAUUGCCUUGUAUCUGGGAAAGACUACACCAGUCCUCGGAUAGUCAAGAUUGGUGACUUCGGACUGGCAAGGGAAAUCUAUAAAAACGAUUAUUACAGGAAGAGAGGGGAAGGCCUGCUUCCUGUUCGGUGGAUGGCUCCAGAAAACUUGAUGGAUGGAAUUUUCACUUCUCAGUCUGAUGUAUGGUCUUUUGGAAUUCUGGUUUGGGAGAUUUUAACUCUUGGUCAUCAACCUUAUCCAGCGCAUUCCAACCUUGAUGUUUUAAACUAUGUGCAAGAAGGAGGGAGACUGGAGCCACCAAGAAAUUGUCCUGAUGAUCUGUGGAAUUUAAUGUCUCAGUGCUGGGCUCAAGAACCUGACCAAAGACCCACUUUCCAAACUAUUCAAGACCAGCUUCAGUUAUUCCGAAAUCUUUCCUUAAAUAAUACCUCUCAGUGUGGAGAAGAAGCACAUGCCAGUGGAGUCAUCAAUAAAGGCUUUGAAGGUGAAGAUGGUAAAAUGGUUGCUUUGAAUUCAGAUGACACGAUGCCAGUUGCAUUGAUGGAAACCAAGAACCAAGAAGGAUUAAGCUAUAUGAUACUCGCCACACAAUGUAGCCCAGGUGAAGACAAUUCUGAGAGUCCUCUAGGCCCGAAGGAAUCUGGGUCCUGUGGUCUGAAGCAAGAUGAGAAGCAACUGGAUGCAGACAAAGAUUUCGGCCAAGAACCGCAAGUGGCUUCUUGCCCUCCUGGCAGGCCUGGAGGCUUGAACUAUGCCUGUCUCACUCACACUGGACAAGGAGACGUGUCUGAUUAGCAGCAUCCCAUAGGGAAAACAGCCCUGAGACAGUCACCAUGUUAAGUUACUUGCAGAAAAGAACAAAUGUGUGGCGGUAGUCUAUGACUCUGAACGGAUACAGCGAUGUUCCUGAGUUCUGAUCUUGGUUCCAAGAGCCCUUUGGUUUCAUUCAUUAGCAUUCCCUUUACCAGCAGCCCAACCUUCAGUUGGUUAUGAGAGGGGCCUUCCUGUCUUUGGAAAUCCCAGGAUAAUUCUGAAGUCUGGGAAGAAAAUACCAAGGUCACUCUCCUGGGCAGCCCUUUACUUUAAAGCACUGCCUGCCCCGCUGUCUGGGAUGCAGUACAAACAUCAUUGUGCAAUGGUUAGCGACAGGAAUAGGUCCAUUCAAGAACCUGAAUGGGGGUUGGGUGGGUGAGGUCUGCUAAUGACCACCUGUCCUGCUGAUGACCUUAAAGAGGAUGCAGGAGACGAUGAGGAACACGUAGAGGAGGGGGCCGCCAUAGCCAUGAGAAAUCAUCUGGCAUGCUGUUAUUCCACUAACAUAUUCUCUUUAAUCACCACUGUAAAAUAUUCCGUAUUUUUGGAAACUCGGAAGAGCAGCUUUAGGCGUAGUGAAAACAGGACCGUGGAAUCCUCUGAAUCUCAAAGCUGAACAUUCUGUGACCCUU